AGGAAGAUACUAUAUAUCUGCUAUGGGAAUAGCAAAGCGUCAGCCCAUCGAUCUCCUUUCUGUCUCAUCGCAUGUCGACCUCUUGCCCAGCUGUCGACUACGCGGAGCAACUCGUUGGCCGAGGACAUGGACUACCUCUUUGGUACCCGGAGCCCACGGAGGGGUCGUUUGGCGAGGUCGAGAUCGGGGACGUCGGAUACGUGAGUGAGGGAGCGUUCAUCCGGCUCUUCAACGCUCUUCAUCCUGCGGACCAUCCCAUCAAUGUGCACGGUGUGCCCGAAGGAUUCGUCAUGCUAGAACCUAACCCAUCCCUUCUACGAUCCGACAAACAGCACAUAUCUCCCGGCCCGAUCUGUACAGCAACGACCUCCCACCGAGAAGUGACCGCAGAGGUGGAGGGAUCCAAGUGAGUA